AUGUAUGUAAUAUUUCACUUGACAUAUUGCCUCUAUCUCCUCCUCCCACUCCUCCCCCUCUUGUACAUCCUAUACGAGCGGCGGCGCCACCAGCAUUGCUACCUCUUGGACUACGAGUGCUACAUGCCGACCCCCGACCGCAAGCUGAGCACCAAACUCUCCGGUGAAAUCAUCCGCCGCAACAAGCACCUCGGCCUCCACGAGUACAAGUUCCUCCUCAAGGCCAUCGUGAGCUCCGGCAUCGGCGAGGAGACCUACGCCCCUCGCAUGGUCCUCGAAGGCCGCGAGUCCUCCCCCACCCUCCCCGACGGCCUCCUCGAGAUGGACGACUUCUUCUCCACUUCCAUCUCCGCCCUCUUCUCCCGAACCCGAAUCCACCCCUCCGAGAUCGACGUCCUCGUCGUCAACAUCUCCAUGCUCGCCACCCUCCCUUCCCUCGCCUCCCGCAUCAUAAACAUGUACAAGUUACGCGACGACGUCAAGGUCUACAACCUCACGGGGAUGGGCUGCAGCGCCAGCCUCGUCUCCGUAAACAUACUCCAGAAAUGCUUCAAAUCGCCAACGCGCCGGCGCACGCGCGCGCUCAUGGUCACGUCGGAGUCCCUCAGCCUCGGCUGGUACAACGGCAACGACCGCUCCAUGAUCCUCGCCAACUGCCUCUUCCGCGCUGGCGGCUGCGCGGCCAUCUUCACCAACGACCCGUCCCUCCGCAGCCGCGCCAUGAUGAGGUUAAAACACCUCGUGCGCACCCACCACGGCGCCAACGACGAGUCGUACAGCUGUUGUAUCCAGAAAGAGGACGAGCGCGGGCACGUCGGGUUCCAUCUCGGGAAGAAUCUCCCCAAGGCCGCCACGCGGGCGUUCGUCGAGAAUCUCAAAGUGAUGGCACCCAAGAUACUUCCCUUGCGGGAACUCGCGCGCUUUGCCGCCGUGGCAAUGCUGAGGGUUGGUAGGCCCAAGAUUAAUUUCAAGUCCGGAGUGGAUCAUUUUUGUCUGCAUACGGGCGGGAAGGCGGUGAUAGAUGCGAUUGGCCAGAAUCUGGGGCUCACCGAGUAUGACGUGGAGCCCGCGAGGAUGACGUUGCAUAGGUUUGGGAACACGUCGGCUAGUAGCUUGUGGUAUGUAUUGGGGUAUAUGGAGGCGAAGAGGAGGCUGAGGAAAGGGGAUAAGGUUUUUAUGAUAAGUUUUGGGGCGGGUUUUAAGUGUAACAGCUGUUUGUGGGAGGUGAUGAGGGAUUUGGAAGGGGAAGGGAAUGUGUGGGGGGAUUUUAUAGAUAGGUAUCCGGUUAAGAAUCUGGCUAACCCGUUUUUGGACAAGUACGGGUGGAUACAGGACGAGGAUCCGGAUNGGUGGGGAUGGACAUAUUCAUUUCUACUGCAUGUGUUUUGA